ACAAAACACCGGCAAAGCAAACGCGUGUUGCAUGUUGCAUCACUUACAGUUACAAUAAUAAAAUGCAAUUUACACUAAAUUCCACAAGACGGCAUGUCGUGCCGCGACUGUAUCGGUUUACAAGUAAAAUUGCCGUUGAUGUGGAGCCAACAGUGAUUUCCGGACUGGAGCAAGCCACAUUGAAGCCGAGGAAGCAUCCUGGCAUCGUCAAGCCCAAUCAUCUUGAGCUGCCGCAAAAAUUGAGCGACACUCUGAGGCAGAUUGUAGGCGACCAUCCCGUCAAGAAAGUCUUGCAGGACAGCCAGAUGCUCAAUUCGUACAUCAAGUCCCGCCAUCCUCCACCCACACUGGCAGAAAUCGAAAACAAAAAGAAACUAAUCGUCGAGGAAGUUAAUUCCAAGAUGUCCCUGGAACGCUUGGCCACACUAAGCGAGGAGGAAGCGAAUCGCUGGAAACGCAAGCGAGAGCUGGAGAUCAACAAACGCCUGAGCCAGCGCACCUAUGCCUGGAAGCGCAUUGAGUACGGUGCAUACGAAGCCAUUGUCUAUGCGGUGGCCAGAGGAGCCCAGGAGUAUGCGGUCCUGAAGCGAAUUCUCACAGAGCUGGCCCAGCGAGAUGUUCAGUUUAAGCCUCGAAGCUACUUUGACUUCGGCUCCGGUGUCGGCACUGGCAUGUGGGUGGCCAGUGAGCUGUGGAAGGAGAACAUUUUCGAGUACUACAAUGUGGAUCGAUCCAGGGAAAUGAAUGAACUUUCCGAGCUGAUACUACGGGACGGCCAGGAAAAUAAGCAAAUCUCACUGCGAAACGUGUUCUACCGCCAGUUUCUGCCCGCCAUUGAAACCAAAUAUGAUUUAGUCAUUAUUUCGCACACGCUCUUCGAGAUGGUGGACAAGGCGCAGCGAGAAGAGGUUCUGCUCAAUCUGUGGCGCAAGUGCGAUGGCUACAUGGUCAUUGCGGAGGAGGGAACACGACGUGGCAGCGAGCUGGUCAACGAAGCCCGCCGUUUCCUGUUGCGUGUCGACGAUGAGGAACUGCAAGGCCACACAGUUGCUCCGUGCCCACACGAUGUGCGCUGUCCUCGCCUUAGCGAUCUGGCAGAUCGAACGCCCUGCAAUUUCCCCAUAAAGUACGCUCCACUGCGACUGAGUAGCGACUCCUCGGGCGAUAGCCACACCUCCCUCUACAGCUAUGCCAUUCUGAAGAAGGGUCCCGUCUCAGACACCUCUCGCCCUUGGCCCCGCAUUGUGCGUCCCACCUUGGUGCGGUCAAAGCAUGCAAUCUGCCGCCUCUGCACGGAAGAGGGAAAGCUGCAAGAGGUCAUCUUCACGAAGGCCAAGCACGGGAAAUCCGCCUACAGCUGUGCCAAAGUCAGCCGUUGGGGCGAUCGCCUGCCCAUGGCCGUGGGUCCGCUGCAACCAUCCAGUCCAACCACGAAAACAAGAAACCAAUCCCAAACAGCUCAGCAUCUCCAGCCGGAGUGGACGUAGUCUAAGUUUAGGAAUUGUUGAUUCAAUGUUAAACAUUCUCCCAUGUCCGCCCUCGCCUAAUUGAUACUAAAAACUGUCGUUCAAUUAGUCGAUUUAAUUAUGUGCAAACAAAUCGUUGCAGGCGGAGCACGAAAUUAAUUAAAUAGUUGCAUUUAAAUUAA